AGCCUUUUCAAAACACCAGAUUAGUACGAACUUAAUGUUGUAGGUUUACAGGAGGACAAAAGGCUCAGAUGCUACCUAGGUGUAAAUUUGUAUGUUUGUAAAGAUGCCAUUGAUGACAUGUGGGCAAGCCAGCAGCGACACUUGGAGUGCAUCCAGGAUCCACCAGACAUGAUCAUGUACAGGGUGGCGCGUAUUACGACCAUCAACAAAGUGGAUGUGCCGUACUACAAAUGUCUGCGUGGAAGCAAUAGCCUGGAGGGAUUCCACAAGAUGUUGCCUAAUAUGAUUCCAGGUCCCCACUGUGCUGCACGGCCUAAUCAGGUUUACCUGAUAAGUGGCAUUGCACGGUGGAACGCUGACAGGAGCUCAGAUGCUGUGUUUGGGGGCAAAGGACGGAGGCACCGGACGUAUUCAGCGCCGCUGAUUGAUCGUCUCAACAGGCGCUGUGAGCAGCUGUUUGGAACGACCGAGGAGGGGAAUUAUCGGGCCCCAGUUAAUGUGGCGUCUAACGAGCUGCUUGGGUUGGAGUACCUGUUCAGCCAGAGCACAGGAGGACCACGGCCAUUUUCCCUGCAGGACAUGGUUCAUGAUGGACCUGGUCCAGAGGAGGAGGUCGUCCAGCCGGGUCACCAAGAUACAGAAGAGGCUGAUGAGGCCUAUCAGAGUGACCCAGAGGCCGAGACUGAUGUGCUGGAUGCUGGCCUGCCCCACAUCAAUAUGACCAGCCGCGACACCUCCACUGUCCACUCACCAGCCUUUGAAGACGCCUGCAGUCCAAGUCCUCUUCCGGGCUUUGACAAGCUGGAGAAACAGACAGCUGGCAUCCACAUGGCAGCUUUUCAGUGCCACACACCACCACCCCUGCUUCUCCCACGGCUGGCAAUCAAAACCCCUGUCACAUCCACAGUCACCAGGCCUUUAACCACUGUGUCUUCACCCACAGCAGACCCCUCUUCACAAACUGUAACCCCCUGCACAAUGCCCAGCAGCAGUACCCCUCUGUCCUGGGCAAGAUCCAACUACUACAAGCGGAAACGUGAUGACCAACCUUCAGCCCUGGAAACCAAGGUGAAAAACUUGCCAGCUUGUGCACUCUGUGGCAAACCCACUCAAGGACAUUCUAAAUACAAAAAAAGACAUUUUGCCCUGUAAAGAGCAUGUCUUCCUCAAAGGGACUGGAAAACAACAUAUUCCAGCUACGAGGAAUUUGUAUCUGCUGUAGACGCUCUCACGCAGUGAGCUUGUCCAAACAGCAGCUCCACUGUACAUGUUGUUAUUAGUUUUCUUAAUAUUUUAUUAUAAAGCUGUAUUGUAUAGAUUCUUGAUGUUUAUGCAAAUUGCCAAGUUUAUGCAAGUGUGCACAGAGAGCAGCU